UCGAAGCACUACAAAGUACACACUCAAAACCUUCAUACAGCGCCAUUACUCAAAACCCCCGUGCCCUCUUUCCCUCUCUCCUCUGCUGCAGCGGCCGCAAACCACCACUUCAGCCAUCUCCACCGUCUUUAACCGUCGUUCAAGAAAAAGGAAGCAGGUUGAGCUCUUUUCCACCAAUCAACAACGAUCCAUUUCGAAAUCUAGGAUCAUUAUUAUCUUUGAGCACUUGUGGUUCAGUUUUUUCUCUGCCAAGUUCCUUCACAAUGGCGGUUGAGAGACUUUUUAAAGAUGAAGCCACCGAAGAAAAGGGAGAAAGGGCUAGAAUGGCUUCUUUUGUUGGAGCUAUGGCAAUAGCUGACUUGGUGAAGACAACCUUGGGACCUAAAGGAAUGGAUAAGAUUUUACAAUCAACAGGCAGAGGAAGAAGUGUAACAGUUACAAAUGAUGGUGCCACCAUCUUGAAGUCCCUCCAUAUUGACAACCCAGCUGCAAAAGUCCUUGUUGACAUCUCAAAAGUUCAGGAUGAUGAAGUAGGUGAUGGGACAACUUCAGUUGUUGUUUUGGCUGGGGAGCUUCUACGGGAGGCAGAAAAGCUGGUGAAUGCUAAAAUUCAUCCAAUGACAAUCAUCUCAGGCUAUCGUGUGGCAGCUGAAUGUGCUCGGAAUGCAUUGUUGGAGAAGGUUGUUGACAAUAAACAAGAUGCAGAGAAAUUCAAAUCAGAUUUAAUGAAGAUUGCAAUGACUACUUUGAGUUCAAAAAUUUUGUCUCAGGACAAGGAACAUUUUGCAAAACUAGCUGUUGAUGCUGUCAUGAGGCUAAAGGGCAGUACAAAUCUGGAGGCUAUUCAAAUUAUAAAAAAACCUGGAGGUUCACUGAAGGAUUCAUUUUUAGAUGAGGGAUUUAUUUUGGACAAGAAAAUUGGUAUUGGUCAACCAAAGAGAAUUGAGAAUGCAAAGAUUUUAGUGGCUAAUACUGCAAUGGACACAGACAAAGUGAAAAUCUAUGGGGCACGUGUGCGUGUUGAUUCAAUGUCUAAAGUUGCAGAGAUUGAAGGGGCCGAAAAGGAGAAGAUGAGAGAGAAGGUGCAGAAGAUUAUUGCUCAUGGGAUAAACUGUUUUGUUAACCGUCAGUUGAUCUACAAUUUUCCAGAGGAAUUGUUUGCUGAUGCUGGAGUACUUGCAAUAGAGCAUGCUGAUUUUGAUGGUAUUGAGCGACUUGCACUCGUUACUGGUGGGGAGAUUGCUUCAACCUUUGACAAUCCUGAGUCUGUUAAGCUUGGACAGUGUAAACUUAUUGAGGAAAUUAUGAUUGGUGAGGACAAAUUGAUCCACUUUUCUGGUUGUGAAAUGGGUCAGGCCUGUACAAUUGUACUUAGGGGUGCAAGUUCUCAUGUACUGGAUGAAGCUGAAAGAUCCCUACACGAUGCCUUGUGUGUUUUAUCUCAGACUGUAAACGACAGUAGAGUGUUGUUUGGAGGUGGAUGGCCAGAGAUGGUGAUGGCAAAAGCAGUGGAUGAACUAGCUAGGAAGACCCCUGGGAAAAAGUCUCAUGCCAUUGAAGCUUUCUCACGAGCAUUAUUGGCCAUUCCAACUAUUAUUGCUGAUAAUGCAGGUCUGGACAGUGCUGAAUUGGUUUCCCAACUCCGUGCAGAACAUCACGAGGAAGGAAGCGCUGCAGGGAUUGAUGUCAUAUCUGGAUCUGUAGGAGAUAUGGCAGAGCUUGGAAUCUCUGAAGCAUUUAAAGUUAAGCAAGCUGUGUUACUCUCUGCAACUGAGGCUGCUGAGAUGAUUUUAAGAGUUGAUGAAAUCAUUACUUGUGCCCCACGCAGGAGGGAAGAUAGAAUGUGAAAAAAAACCUGUUAACUAGACCUGAUCAAGGGAAUCUGCUUUAGUACGUUUUCUCACAGAAGUACUUGUGUCAAUGGCGCUGCUGUUAUGGCAUUUGUUUGAGUUGCUAAACUUUUGAGGUUUUCAGUGGUUUCACUGAUUACAAGUUAAAAACCAUGCCCUAAACAUGUUUUGCUUUAUUUUAGGAGACAUUUUUGUUUCAAAUGUUGUAUUGGCAUUACUGGCAUGACAUGAAAAGGUUGACAAUUUUCUGCGUUUAGGCUUUUCUGGUCGUACUUGUAGCUGCCCUUUUUCCUUGCCAAGAAAGAAAGGAAGAGAAAAAAGUGUUUUAGGUAUUGCUGUAUCUUUCUGAUUUCUCUGAUUUAUGAGAGCAUUUCUUUGGUAUAUUA